ACGGAUUUACCCUUCCUCUCCCCUUCUUUUCUUCCUUCCUCCCCUCUUCUUCUUUUUUUCUUCUUUUUCUUCUUAUCCCCUUCCAUUCUUAUUCCUCUUUCGACAUGUCGGGUUUCAUUCCUACCUGCUACGCUUGUGGAGUGGUCGGGCAUAUACGUGGGGAAUGCCCAAAUCGGGGUCAUGGCGGCUACGGAGGAGCGAUGCAGCCGGCUCAGCCACUCUUGGCGCUGCCAGCACCACCAAGUGUUCCGCAGCAGGUGCAAUAUUCGCAGCCUUCUAAGGUCAACUGGUACCCGAGGAUGGGGGAGCGUGUCGACAAGAUUGAGACGAUUAUCGAGAGAUUGAAGAAAAGAGCACGAGAACAACAGGAGAAUGACGAAAAGGCAAAGAAGCAAAGAGAGGAAAAAGAGGCUAGAAAGAUCCGACGGAAGGAACGGGAGGAGCUUGAGGAAGCGAUGGGGGAGCGCAUGGAGAAAUGCUUUAAGAAGAUGAACAAUGCAUUUUUCGGUAAGAAACAGGGGGAAGAGAUGAGUGAGUUAGAUAAAUUAAAGAAGAAGGUUGAGGAGUUAGAGACUGCCGUAGCAACUAGUAAGAAGUCGUUCGAGAUGGGGGGUGAUCACGAGUUGAGGGGUCGCAACGGAGAUGAAGGAAAAACGAGGGUGGGAGAGACGCUUAGAACCCCGGAACUUAGAGCCAUGUAUCAAGUGACUAUGAAGGAGAUGGACGUUCUUAAGCAAAAGAGGGCGGAAGCACAAGCGGAGGUGAUUAGGAUGAAGGAGAAGGUUGAUCAGCAGGCCAGGGUAGGCAUGAUGGCACACACUCCGGUUAGAAACCUGCGAACGAGAAUGGAGGAAGCAGCGGAGAAACAGAACGACAGGAGUGUAAGGAAGAGUAAGCAGAAAGCAUCUCCAGGAAGGGUGACGAGCGCCGCGAAGGAAGUCCACGAGUGACAUCAAUUUAUCAAGGAGCAGAGAAAAGAAUUGGGGAAGAAGAACAAAGCACAACUCACAGA